CAUUGCCAUAAGUUGCGCAUCAAAAAUCCCGAUGCAGUUAAAAAGAAGCUUACUCGCAUGAUUGCUCUGGGCAAAGACAAUCUCCAAGUAGGAGUGUUUAUUUACAUUAAUCAUGCCUCUCAGGUUAUAUCUGACUUUGACUGGACUAUGUCGAAGUACGUUCACAAAGGUGAGCCUAAUCCUACGUGUCACGGAAUCUUUGAGCAGGAUCCCGAUAUGACAGCGGAGACGCAAAACAAGUUACGUAUUCUGCGACAGACAUAUCACCCAAUUGAAGUAGAUCCGACUAUUCCAGUUUCCAUGAAGAUUCCAAUCAUGUUGGAGUGGUGGGAUUUGUCGCACAGAGUGAUCGCCACGUCCAGUAUCCAUAAAGAUACACUUCAAGCAACUGUAAACCAGUGCAACCUUGCCCUCAGAGACCAUGUAGGAGAUUUCAUGGCGCAGUUGCACAGAGAAAAUAUUCCUCUGCUGAUAUUUUCUGCUGGCCUUGGGAACGUUAUAGAACUUCUUCUGGAACGUUUUCACUUGUGUUUUGACAACGUUCGAGUAGUCUCCAAUUUCAUGGACUUUAAUGACGAGGGCCUAUUGAUUGGGUUCCAAGAGCCUGUAAUCCACACUUUCAACAAAACAAUCUCAAGCAUUUCUAACAGCGAAUACAUGACGAACGUUUUGUCUAAACGUUCCUCAAUUAUUCUUUUGGGGGAUUCCUCGGCCGAUCCAAACAUGGCGGACGGCAUUCCUGGAAAAAGCGUGGAUUCCCAUGUAAAUAUUUUGAAAAUCGGCUUCCUUAACGAUAAAGUCGAAACCCUGCUAGACACCUACAUGGAUAUUUACGAUAUUGUCCUGAUAGACGAUGCGACCUUUAAGAUACCGUUGGAGGUGCUGAACUGCAUCGUUCAUUCGGAAUCGCUCGACGUCUGA